AUGUCAAUAAGUACCCUCAGUGACCAAUCCACUUUAACCCAAAAUGACGAUGAGCUAAGUGAUGAUACAAGUAAUAACAAAUACUUAAUGGCUCCCUUUGACGAGGAACAUAGUCAAUUUUUGUGCGAGUGUGUCUCCUGCUGUAAAAGUAGAGAGUACAAGAGGUGGUUUGUUCGAAAUUUCUGGGUCGGUAUAAUAUUUCCACCACUCUGGGUUUUGAAUGUGGGUAGUUAUAUAUAUUUUCAGUUUUGGCUUUCACAUGACGUUGUUCAUAGGAAGUUAGAGGAGGAAGAAUUCCCAAGUGCGUUUGAAAGAAAACAAUGGAUCCAACGACACCAAUUGGAGGUACCUGGGGCUACCGUUGAUGAAAUGAAUCAGCUUGCCAACGAAGAAACGAUACCUGAAGUUAGUGUUCAAAAAGAGGCAAGUGAGGAUGAUGAUUAUAGUUUGAAGAUUCACAGAUAUCAAUUUUUGAAGAAUGUUGUUGAAGAAAUAGUUGAUUCUCAUGACAACGUGAGAAGUUUUUAUCGAACUUGGUUAUUGAGGGACGUUGGGGGUAUUGUCAUGUAUACAGUGAUACUUGUAGUGGUACUUGUCCUUUGUGUACAUAAUAGUUCUGCUAAAUAG